AUGUCCUUAAUUAGCAAUAUGGAUGCUGUCUUGGAUGAUCUAAUUGGAUAUUUUUAUGUGAGCAAGACCUCGCAAAAGAACAGUUCAGCAAUAUAUUAUAGCAUGGAGGUUGACAGGUAUGGCGAGUAUAUCUCGGAGUUUAGUGCAACUCAUCUCGAUCGAAACUGGACGGAAAAUGGCGACGUUGUGUACGUAAAAAGUCAUCAAAAUAAUCAAGGUAUAGCGAGAAUUCUGAUGAGUUAGAAGCUUGUAGAAAUUGGGUUUUACACCAAAUUUGAUUCAAAUGGAAAAUUGUACCUCAAAUGUCGAAAUUUUGCUUCUCUACAAUAAUUUCUAUUAUACUUAAAAGGUUUAGCCAGAGCUUGUAAAAAAUAUUGCUUGUAAGUAUGUUUUCGUGUAUUUUCGCCAUGUUUGAUUGAGCAACUGAUCUCAUAUUAAACUAUACAUAGCGAACACGAAGGGCUUGCACGAAGAGCACCUGGUUUGAAACAAAACGUGUCUUGUAAACAGCUUCCGUGACAAAAAUACCAUACGCAGAAACUUCAUCAUGGGAGAAAAUAUGAUGCACUGGGGGAGGUUGGUGCAUAAUCGUCAGAGCAAGCGCCUUUCACCUCUGAGAUCGCGCGAUGCUCAUUCUCGAGAUUCUCAGGGCUCGAUAUAUUCAUGUGAAAGAGUCCGUCAACACUCCACUAAAAGUCGUGAGUUUCUCGGACAUGAGUCAUAGGGUUGGCAGCCAGAUGCGCCCUAAGAAGGUCUCAACUAGCUCGAUCAGAUUUGAGCAUCGUUCUUUCCAAUUCAGCUUAGUUCUCGACUGUGAUGAAUAUGAGGAUAAUUGACACACCUCCACUUAUAUUUACGUACUCAUUCUUGCUUACUUUGUUCUCAAAAACUGAACUGAAGUGUUUAAACGAUGUGCAUUUGCAAUAUGCAUUUACUUUAGAUAAUGGAAAUUGUCCUCCUGGAUACCUCAACAUAAUGAACAAAUGUCUUUGGCUGAUGUGCCGUGUAAGCUCCCCUACAGAUGCAGAAUAUCGCUGUUCACGGACUUUUGGGACUCUAGCUUCACUUGAUGAAACUGGCAUGACACGCCUAGCCGAAUAUUUUGAUCAUAUCAAACUAGUCAAAGCUAGAAGUGUCAGAAUCACCCAGGUUAGUUAUGUUCUUAAAGUGAUACGGCAAUAUAUAUUUUUAUUAUUUCAUUUUAAAGAACUUUUAAAAUUGUAUAUUAAUCUCUUUACCGAUUUUGCGUAACUGUAUUAUUUCUUGAGAUAUUUGAACAGAAAAAAUCACAAAUCAGCGAGCUUUCCGCCAUCUUGGUUUUUGGCGGAUAUGCAUGUGACAUCAUAAGCAGGGUCACGCAAGAAUUUUAUCCAUAGAACAAUUGGUUAUUAUGAGCCCAAAAUCAUAUACUUUAGUAACUAUUUGAAAUAAAAACUGUCUGACGACUUUUCAAACAAGACUUAAUGUUAUUUGGUCAUUUAGAUGUAGUUUUAUAUGGCUAACCCUGCUUAUGACGUCACUAAAAUCACCGAUAAUGAGAUAAAAAUUAAUCCAAGAUGGCGGACAGCAAAUCAUUUUAAGUCAAAAUAUUUCAAGAAAUAAUAAAGUUACGCAAAAUCGGUAAAGGAGAUUAACAUAUAAUUUUAAAGGUUAUUUAAAAUGAAAUAAUAAAAAAAUAUAUGCCAUAUCUCUUAAGUCAGAGUCCUAUAAUUAAUGCCCCGCCGGCGCACACGCUGCGAUAAUUUAUGCUCUAAUCGUGUAUGAUUUUUGAUAGAUUACAGUGGGACUGUCAAGGAAAGAUCGACAAUGGGUCUGGAAUGAUGGACGAGUAUAUAAUAACAGUGAGCGUACCUUAAUGGAUAUAGAUUCCAAAAAUGCAUAUGCCUUUUUAACGUGGGAUGGAAAUAAGUUGGUACUCAAAGAUAGCUAUGUUUACAGCCAGUAUCAUCUAUGCGAGAAACGAGGAGGUAGGCGCAAUGGUUUGGCAAUAAUUCGCGAGCAUUUGAAGGAUUAAAUCUGUGGUGUUAUCAUUUACAUGAUUUGUAACGGCUGUUACAUAUUUCAAGAGGAAGGUGGGUGUUACCCCCCCCCCCCACACACACACACACACACAUCCCCUGGUCGCUACAACCCUGCAGGUGGCCUUCCCGGCAAACUGGAUUCGUAUGAACAAGCCCUAAGAUAGAGCGGAUUUGGAGGCAAUCAGGGAUGCCGGAAGUUGCUGAGGGCAAGGGGUGCAACUGGCUAACAAGAGGGCAUACUCCCUAAUAAAAGGGCACCAAUGAAAAUGAAAGGGUGUCAUGAUCUUACAUUCGUGUCGACCUCCCUCCCCGUCACCAAUUCUUUUCGGACCGAAUACAAUUAUUUAGGCACAAUUUCUCCGUAGGCUCGCCAAAAAUUCCAUAAGUAAUGCUUUCCGUUUCACCUUUCGCCAAAUAGAUAACAACUUUGCCGAAUUCCUGACGACUGAGGGGUGGAACACCCCACACACAUUCUCGAACGACGUUUAAUUCUGCCUGUUGCAAAAGUUUUGUGCACCCGUUACACCCAUAGUCUGCACCCGCACUGCACCCACAAAGUUGAAAAUGCAAAAGGCAAGGGGUGCACUUGCACCCGCUUCACCCGUGGUUCCAACAUCCCUGGGAGGCAAUGUCUCUUGUUAGCCUAAGUUCAAAGCGUUCGGUGCCAUGCUGUUAAAGGUCGUAUCAGAAAACUAAAUACAGUUAGGUUCACGUCGAAGUAGUCACUGUCGUAAUAUUCUUAAUUUAAUGAAAUAUUCUGUAUGCAUAUAACAUAUAAAAAAAAAGAAAAACUGGACGGGGAAAUGUUCCGACCUUUUCCUGGCGAUAUUCAUCAAGACAGCUGUGCACAUUUUUUAUUUUCAAAUUCUCGACAAUGGGUGUGGAGUGAUGGCCGAGUAUAUAAUAACAGCGAGCGUACCUUGGAUAUAGAUUCUAAAAAUGCGUACGCCUAUUUAACGUGGGAAGGAAAUAAGUUGGUGCUCAAAGAUGACAAUGUCAUAGAUAUCUUAUAUACACUAGAUAGCGCAUCUCUUUUAGUAAAAUUGAAGCCAAGAAUAUUCCAGCGGUUACCCCCAUUUGAAUAGAUGGCGGCCAUGUUGGUAUAGUUCCCACUCGCUAAUAAACGCUUAAAAAACAACAAUAACUUUCAUUAUUUGAAUAGUUUAAAAAUGUAUUUGGAAAAGGUUUAACUUAAUGUUUAAGUUCUCUGUUUAAGAAAUAGACAACAUGCGAAUCUUCUCAUUUCAUGGGAAUAUCCUGAGACUGCAAUGCUUCAAUUUUUGAAUUGCAGAAUAAUUAGAUGCACUAUCUAAUGUAUGACAAUGUGCCCGGCCAGCAUCAUAUGUGCGAGAAUCGAGGAGGUAGGCGCAAUGGUUUGGUAAUUUAUUCGCAAGCAAUUGAAGGAUAAGAUCUGUUAUGUAUCAUUUAUAUGAUUUGUAAUGGCUGUUACAUAUUUCAAGUGGGAGGUGGGUGUUACUCCCCCAACCCCAAUCUUCCCCCCUCAACACAUACACCUCGGUCGCUACGACCCUACAGGUGAUCUUCUUUAAUUAGGGCGAAUUCGGAGGCAAUGCCUCUUGUUAGCCUAAAUUCAAAACAUUCGGUGAUGUUAAAGGUCGUAUCACGUACAAGCACCCAUGCACCAAAUACAGUUAGGCUCACGUCGAAGUAGUCACUGUCGUAAUUUUCUUCUUAACGAAAUCUUCUGUAUGUGUUUAACAUAUCGAAAAAAAGAAAAAAUGGGGCGGGAAUGUUCCAAACAUUUUCUGGUGAAGUACCAUAAGUAUAUAAAACCAUACACCCUGCGAUAUUUAUCAAAACAGCUGCUGUGUAUAUUUUUUCUUUUCAAAUCAUCUCACUACAGAAAAUCUUGCGUAUAACUCUUGGUCAAGUCAGUCAAGCACCUCGCCUGAAUUCUCUUCACAAUUGGCAGUGGAUGGACUUGAUUACACUUGUAGUUUAACACUACAGCCAACGAAGGUAUGUAUUCUUUACAAGGCUGAAACUUCAGUAUUACGGCUGGGGGGGGAGCUUGUUUUGCCCGACCAAUAGGGAGUGCCCAGCGGACAUUUCUGUCGCAAAAAAAGUUUUCCAAAAAAAAUUUUUUCGGACAAUAACCCCCCCCCCCCUCGUCGACAACUUUUUAGAGAAAAAAAUUCUUCCGGACGAAUACGUUUAAUUGCUUUCGUUCAUUUUCCCCAUUACCCUGGAUUCCAGAGCCUUCGACAGUAAAUAAUAAAUUGACAUGUCGCGAAGGCUCUGGUUCAACGGGGCGAUUCUUUGAUUGAACCGCGCCAAACACAAAACAGAAUUAGUGGUUUUAGUACAGAUACUGUACUAAAACCACUAAUUCUGUUUUGUGAUUGGCGCGGUUUAAUCAAAGAAUCGCCCCGUUGAACCAGAGCCUUCGCGACAUUUCAAUUUAUUAUUUACUGUCGAAGGCUCUGGAAUCCAGGGUAUUUCCCCAUAUAUUUCCAUACAAAAUUUCGGUAAUUUGGCCAUUUUUCAGUAAUAUUUUCGUAAACUUAUCGGUAUUUUCCAUACAACUAUUACUUUUCGAUAAAUUAUGUAAAUUUUUUUGCCCGACAAACGUGUCGUUGAAAUUGUUAAACUUGCCCGACGAAACUACAAUAUUACAAUAUUGAGUGGGUGUCCCCCUCCCCUCAACCCCCCCCCCCCACUAGUUUCGCCCCUGAUUCUUCAUUUAAUGUGGUAUUAUCUCAAGCGCGAAAUGCAACAUCUGCAAAAACCGGAAUAUAGCAUAAAUCAGAUUUUCAGGCAGUUUUUGCUUCAUUUCAUAAUUAUUUCGUUUGCUUGCUUUUUUAAUGGUGGUAUUAAAUUUUUUCGGCUACCCAAAAGUUGCUUGUACUAUACAGAUUUUGCCACCUCCCCUUUACUACUUUCAAUUUAAACGUACAACUCUAUAAAUUUUUAUGCACUGAUUAAGAACUCACAGUUCUUGUCACACUUGCAAACCUGCAAACUGCGCAGUUUCUUUAUUUUUUAUUUUGAUUACGAUCACUCCUUGAAAGUUCACACAACGUACACUAGUAGUCUGGGGGAAUUAAGCUUGCAUCCGGAAUAAAUUACCAACAAUUCACAUUUGCUACGGUUAGAAAGCUUAUUUUAAGUAGAAUAACAUAUCAAAAGCCUCUCUACGCUCAAUAUAAAAAAUAGCCUAUUAAACUGCUAUUGUCAGUAAAGUUGUGAAAUUUCAAGUUCAUCUAUAGCGAAAAUAACCUACGUCACUAGAAAGAUCGCAGAAAAUUAUAUAUAACUCAAUUAGUAUAAACUGUUAUGCCGAAUACCUAACCCAUUUUGAAGUAUUAAUGCCAAUGAACGUUUAGCAGAUUUCACCGUACAUAGCCCAAAAAUGAUUAGGAAUUCGGCAUAACCGUUUAAUUGAGUUUUACAUAAUUUUUUGCGAUCUUUCUAGUGACGUAGAUUAUUUUUGCUAUAGAUGAACUUGAAAUUUCACAAUUUACUGACAAUAGCAGUUUAAUAGGCUAUUUUUUUAUAUUGAGCUCGCAAAUUAUGUUAUUCCACUUAAAAUAAGCUAUCUAACCGUACCAAAUGUGAAUUGUUGGUAAUUUAUUCCGGGUCUGCCUGUUUUUCUGACUAAUUCCCUCAGACUAUAGGGGCUAUAUCCUGAAAUUUCUUGGAUUUGACCGCGAAAUGAACUGGAAUCUAGUCUAUAUUUCACUGGCCACGUUCGUCGGAAUUAGUACAAUGCACUUCCUAGCGCGCUAAGUUUAAAAUAGCUAUGAUGUUGAGCUGUGCAUGAAAUUUCUUGCAUUUCACGUUCUUUCCACGCUAUAGAUCGAAGCCAGAGAUCAAAGCUACAUUCCUCGGCUAAUCGCAACUACUUUUUGCGUUUAAUCCGUACUAGUAUUAAGGAAAACGCUAAGUUGUGUUUGAUUAUGAUGUUGAAAAGUGAAACAAGGCUACGUUUUGUGCUUGUUUUGAUUUUAUAUGAUUUGGUGAUGAAAUUCCACCACGUUUCGGUUCACCGAAGACACAGAUUUAUUGGCACACCUGUCUAUUUUUUUUAUAAUUUCUUGAAACUUUACCCUUUUGUGGAUUCUUAGUUUCGUCUGCGUGGAAGGCUUCUAAAGUCUCGUCUGCAGGUAAUUAUUAUGUCGGGAAGGUUGUUGAUGAAAAUUGCAAAAAGAACAGGUCCUAGGAUACUUCCUUGAGGCACACCACGUUGCACCACUUUUGAUUGCGAAAUAGCUGGGUUUAUACAUGAAUUUGCUAGCGAAGUGGCAGCAAUUAAUGAACUUAAGGUUGUAGAUUUAGACUAAAUGUGCAAAGAAACAAUGAAAAAUACUAGUACAUAAUUAUAUAUUGUUGCGAGUUUUGGCAAUUUAGGCGAUAUUUUUAGAUCUCCUGUUGCCGAUUUAAUGCGAUUUUAGGCAAUUUAAAAGAACUUCGGUCAAUUUUAACCCGCGAUUUAAUGCUAUUUUAGGCGAGUUACCACCUCAGAGUAGGCUUCACCGCCAUAUAGACUGCAUAAUAUAGGGAGGGACUUAAAUUUUCUUUUACAUACAGGCCCUUCAGGCCAAGACCUCCGUACAUAAUAGAAUAUUUAUAAAAUCUUUCACUUUUAAACAAAGUGGUGAUGUUAUAAUAAAUUCUUACUAUAUUCAAUCGUAUUUUAGCGAUCCCAAAAUUCUUGGUGGAAAAUUAUCCUUGACGAACCAGCUAAAAUCUAUUCAGUGAAGAUCAGAUUGCCCAAGCUGAUUGUCGCCGGAAAUACGCUGGUUACUGUCGGCUUGCGAGACGACGGUACAUUACCAAACUUUGCGAAAGACUUAGAGAUCGAUAAUACCCCGGAAAAUAUAGUCAUUUGUGAACCACCAUCAUUUGCUCGUUAUGUCAUGAUUGAAAGCAAAGACGGAGGAUAUUUGCAGCUUUGCGAGGUAGACGUAUACGCAGCAGGUAAUCCAUUACCAUUUUUGUUUAAAAUUCGCAAAUCCUAG